AUCUACUCUCUUCUUCGCGGCGAGCCUUGGAGGAUAAUCCCUUCGAGGACCCAUUCACGAAACCCAGGUCGGACUCGCCCGACCCAUGGGCGAGUUUCGGGACACAGGUUACACUGCAUAACGGCUUCGAAGACGAGAGCACGAAUGCCUCAUCUGCUUUCGAGUCGCACGAAGACACUUCCACCACGGAGCGGGAGGAAGAGUCUAAUGGGCCACUAGAUCUUACGAGUCUGUCGUCAGACCUCCAUGAGGAAUCACCACGAACGCCUCCUGCCGAACCUGAUGCAACAUCUCCCCGUACUCCGGGCUUUCGGGAGAGCGCCCCAUCACCAGAGUCAGAGGAACCUGAAACUACUAAGGGACCUGACGCAGACGAUAUUUUCACGGAGAAGGCACCCCCAGCAUCUGUUUCUCGAUUAUCGGAUCCCGAGCCAUCGUUUACAGGGUCCCAGGAGCCCGCACCUCGGCCUCAGGUUUCGAGUGUUUCUGCGACGGAGCAGACGCCCAAAACUGCCCCCACUUUGUCAUCACCUCCAGCUGAGCGUGCUGUGAUCUCUCCGCUUGACCAACCAACACAUUCCGAUGCAUUUAAUCAUUCCUUUGCGAGUCUUGCGCUCGGCGGCGAGAGCUUCGGGGGAGGUUGGAAUGAUGGCAUGCAGGCAUCCUUUGUGAACCAGCAGUCUUCCUCUGUGUCUAAGGAGGACAAUGCGGAUGACGAUGAUGACGACGACCGGCCCAUCUUGCAGACCAUCAGGUCUGCCGACCGGGCUGUUUCGACAUCGGGUCCGGCGGGGGUUGCAUCUAAGUUGGGCAAGGGGAUCCAGCCGCUGUUUGUAAUAUCCGUUGAAGACCCUCAGAAGGUCGGCGACCCUAUUCGGGGCUACACCAUGUAUACCGUUCACACUCGAACUACCUCACCUAUGUUCAGCAAACCUUUGUUCUCUGUCCUUCGCCGAUAUUCCGACUUCCUCUGGCUAUAUGAAACCCUGUCAGACAACAAUCCUGGUGUUGUUGUCCCUCCAGUACCAGAGAAAAGCCCAUUCAACCGGUUCGACGAGAACUUUGUACAGCAACGUAGGCAAGCCUUGGAGAAGUGUAUAAACAAAAUUGCCAACCAUGCUGUUUUGGGCAAGGACCCCGACCUGAAGCUGUUCCUGGAAAGCGAUACGUUUGCGUUGGAUAUAAAGCAUCGCAAGGCGGAAAUCGCACAUGAACGAGGCGGGUUAAUUGCCUCCAUCGGACAGACAUUGACUGGACCUCGGUUUUACGAAACGGAUGAGUGGUUCGAUCGCCAGAAAGCGUACCUGGACAGUCUGGAGUCCCAGCUACGUGGUCUCGUCAAGGCCAUAGAUGCAGUGGCGAAACAGCGAGCAGAGAUGUCCGCUGCAACGGGCGAAUUUGCGCAGACCAUCAGUGACUUGGCAGCGUCAGAUGUUGGGAAGCAACUGUCCCACUCGCUUCUGGCCAUGGCAGACGUUGAACGCAAAGCACAAGACCUCCAGAGCACACAAGCCAAUCAGGAUGUAUCCACUGUUCUCAGUACAGUCGAUGAGUAUGCCAGGAUGAUCAACUCAGUUCGGCUAGCAUUCGCUUCUCGAGUGAGGACCUAUCACUCGUGGCAGAACGCCGAGAAUGAGGUCCGACGAGUGAAACAAAAUCAUGAGAAGAACCGGGCCCAGGGUCGAAUACCAGCAGACCGGCUGGGCCAUUCAUUGAGUCUCAUAGCAGAUGCGGAACGUCGUGCUCUGGACGCCAAGCAAGACUUCGAGAAGGCGUCGAAGUUGAUUAAGAGUGAGAUGACGCGCUUCGAGCAGGAGCGGAUCGAGGAUUUCAAGAACUCAUUGCAGGAGUUCUUGGAAGGAAUGAUCUCGAGACAGCAAGAGCUGAUCCGUUCAUGGGAGACGUAUCAGCAAGGACUGCUGAAGAAGGUGCCAGGGUCUGGGGAACGCAGGAGAGACAGCACCGCAAGCCCUAUGGCGGCACAAGCAUAAUCCGUCCGACCUUUCCCGCCCGAUCUGUUUUGCGCACUGUACUUUCUGCUCGUCACUACCUCGCAACCCUGAGCUUUGUUCUGGCAUAUUGCAAACUCGACAUAGUCGUAUUGGAGGAUGUCCGCUGGCUGCUUCAGGUGCUUCCAAUGUUCAUGCGUCGUGCAACAAGUGAAUGGAGGAACGAGAAAAGUGGUAUACUAUCCUGGUCAUGGGCGAAGCAUCAACCGUGCGUAGUCUGUGAUUAUUAACCAUGAUACAACAGGUGGAGGAUCAAGUGGGUGUCGUUCGCCCUUGCCGUAGCAUGUCUAGUAUGAUGCGUACGAGCGGACCUUGGAGAACCAGAACGGUCUCUCAUGCUUCAACGGCAGCAAAUCCGUCUCGCCCGUUUCUAUGUUGACGGUCUCGUAAGCCGCGAUGUCGAGCUUAUUCCAUCGGCCCAGAGGACGCGAACGGAGCGCCAGAGUCAUCUGGAACGCGUAGCGCUUAGACCUGGCGCUCGCGUUGAGCUCAAGUGAAGCUGGGUCGAUGAGGUCCGUGAUAUAGACGGUUGUGCCUUCCAGACGCCA